CAAAACUUUUGAAUCACUUUUACUACUUACUACUUCAACACAUUGACUGGAUCUGCCGACUCGCACGUUCAAACCUGGACUUGUUCAGUUCAACACCCUCUCCUUGUCAAUCUUACACUCUGAUCCCUCCCUCAUCGUCUAUCUCCAUCUCGCUCGAUAUCAAUCAUCAGAAAUUUAUACCGUCAAUACUCAAUACUUCCAUCUUUUGUGUUCUCGUCUCAAUCCGAUUUUGUGCUUCAAUUCGACAUCAAUCAUCAUCCUCAAUUCAAUACAAUCCUCUUCUAAUCAAUACUGUCCACUCUGUUUUGAUAUUCUUUACAAUGGUCACCAACACACGCGGCAACAGCCGCACCACUAGGGCCUCACAGUCCAAGACCACCACGAGUCAACCGCACUCCAACGCCACAAACCGGAAAGCCACAACAAGCAAAAAAAACAAGAAGACACAGAAUGUGUCUACAGACAACGACGAAGACUCAGACUUUCUUCAAGAUCUUGACUUACACGAUAACGAUGAUACAAAUGAAUCAGACAAUUCAGCUCCUGUCAAUAAAACCACCACCUCAAAUGCUAAUCGAGUCAAUGCGAGAAAGAAAGUUCAAAGAAAGACAGGAAAUGAACAAUCAUCUAACUCUAACAAUUCUCAAACGCUCAACGUUAACAAUGGAGUUAGCAACAAAAAUGAUACUACAAACCCAACACCUGUAUUCCGCUCUCGCUUCCCUGGUUUAGAGAUGGAUACUUUUGAAGAAUCUCUUGAUGAUUGGACGGUCGUGGCUCUCCGACAAAACAUUGCUAAGCAGGGCUCUACUUUAAGCCGUCCUGCACCCGAGAUCGAUGCUUUAGUCAAAACCAUCAGAUUGCAAUACGAGAAGCGCAUGCUGAUGGCUGCACUGAUGGGAGGUCUUCCUGAAGUGGUUGUCUGGAGCAUUGUAGGUGAAGGAGGUAGAAAAGGAUACUCAAAUUGUUGGAUCCGCUUCCUAGGUUUCUGUAAGCUUGCCCUGGAUGAACAGUUACCUCCACGAGCCAAUAAGGAAGCUUGGGCCACUCGAAACACGAAGGUUUCCAACAUAUGGAAGAAGUUCAGUGACAACGAGAAGAUGGUCUUUCGAGACCCGUUUUUUUUUGCUUUAGGUAAUCUUCCUGAUUUGACUUACAUCGAACCGGAAGAUGUCUCCGGCGAAGACAAAGAACAAGUUCUCAGCAUGCAUCACCUUGAAGCCGAGUCAUCACCCCCAAAGGUUCUUCAGCUUAGCGAGGCCGAUCGAUUGAAAUAUCAGCCCAUCUUCGACAGGCUUGUGGAUGUCAAAAAAUUGCAUACGUGUCACGGCCAGCCGGAACCGACGUCGUCUGUAGCUACACUUCAGAAAAGGUCGCUAACUGAGCUAAAGAAAGCUCAUCAUGACUUCUCGGUUGUUUGUCAACGCUAUCAAAUCACUUAUUACCUCACUGCAGUCGGCUGCGGAAGCUUUGAGGGCUGGAGACAGGUCUAUUCAAAUAAUGUACCGUUUGCUGAUUGGGCUGCAAAAAUCGCAAAAGUCCCAAGUAAGUUUGCGACUUAUAUUCAUGGGAAGACUGUCAGCAAGGAAAUCGAAGGAGCAAAGUUUCAGCAACCUAGCGAUGAGCGAAAGACGAGGCUGACACGCGAGUUAAAUUCAUUAGUUGAUGCUGUCUAUAGAGGGAAUAUCUUCCCAAAAGUGCCAGACCCCGAAGGCGAAUUAGAGCUGAGGGGGUGGCCUAUUCGCAUCAUCCAGAAGGAAGGCAGUCUUUUGUCAAAAGAUGCGCUCAAGGCGGGACAUCGAAAGGCCAAGGACUCGACUCGACAGUUGUGGCUGAAAGACAUUGAAAACAAGAACUUUGUGAUCGAACGGAAACCAGAAGAAGCGGUCGAGAAAACAUCAAAAAAAAAGAAGAAAUCAAAAAACCCCGCUAGCCCUUCUCGUGACAGCUCGUGUGAAGAAGAAGAACAACUUACUCAAUCACAAGCUCCCAACGAAUCUCAAAGAAACGCUUGAGGCAGCAAUGAUCAGGGCUCAAGCGAUGAUGAACAGUCAAGAUCACCACACCAAAUCCAAGAUUCUACCAGGUCUCAGCUGGCCGAAGAGGAGAGACAACAACCUCGUCCUCGCUCAAAGAGAACAAUUCCUGAUGAUUCCUCAGAAGCUGAAUCUGAUGUGCAGCGUUUGAAUGAACGACACAAACGUAGGCCUCACAUCACCAAUCAAGUAUCCAAAAACGGACGUGAGACUGCUGAAAACCCAAAUGAUGAUGGUUUGGAUGGUUCACCAAUGGAGGAUGAUGAUUAGAUCGGAGUUUUGGUCGCACAUUCCCAUUGUGCUAUGGAAAUCAAGGAGGUUCAAUUGUUUUUUGACUGCCAUUGCUGUUUUUUCCCUCUCGGGUUUCUCGUCACUCUUUGUUACAUUACAUUCUGAACUCGAUUUUGUUUCUCACCCUCACUCUUUAAUAUCACUUCGAUUUGUCUGAUUUUGAAUUGUCGCAUAUCUGUUUUCUCACUCUUUCACAGUUUGUCACGCUCUGAACUCGAAUCUCGAUGUGUUUAUAUCACUCACUUUAUUCCAUUCUCCUCACUCUUUUACAGUUUGUUUUAGUUCUUCUUGCUAUAUUUCAUUUCUUACCACUUUUUACUUAUGUUCUGAUUCAAGUUUCUUUUGUAUUAUAUUUCUUUUCUCGUCACUCUUUCACUGUCUCUUAUGAAAUGAAUUGUUUUCUCAUGAAUUC